GAGAGAGAGAGAGAGACGAUCUCGUUCGUUUUCUCGUGGAGAGUGAAUCUCAUUAGUUCAAAGGGAAGUGUGAUUGUGUCAAACAAACACAUACACGUAAUAUAACCUAAGAACCUACGCUCGCGCACAAGUCCACGAUAUAUAUAUAUAUAUAUAUAUAUGUAGUUAAUGUUCAUCGACGAGAGAAGGGAAAGGUGUGUAAGUUCGACAUACUAUUACCAGGCUAUCGGCACGCGGCCAUUUCCCGUGUUCUCCGUAGCAGCCUCUUUCGCGACGAGGACACACAGAAAGGCACAACAACGUGGACAACGAGAGAAGCUUCGCGCAAAAAGGCCGUACACUUGAAUAUACACACAGAUACAAAAGCAACCUUUAGAACACACACGUUACACACGGUAACGGCCGUGUCUCUAUCUAUCUAUCUCUCUCUAGCACCGAUGAAAGAGAAGAGUAGGGCUUAAUCAGUUAGUCGAUAGGCAAAUUGGCUUAGAGACACCGACCGACCGGGUGGUUUACAGAAGCAGCAAACCCCGUGCAGUGGCCAGUGGUUGAGUGGCGAACCAACCGUCUCUCUUUCUCUCUCUCUCUCUUUCUCUCUCUUUUUCUUUCUUUCUAUUUCUCUUUAUCUUACUCGCCCACCCUCCCUCUCUCUCUCUCUCUCCCUCCCUCUCUCUCUCUCUCUCUCUCUCUCUCUCUCUCUCUCUCACUCUCUCUAUCUCUCUACCUCUGUUAUUCGAUUCUUCGUAAAACGAUCGACAGCUUUUACGGCGACGACGAGAGAACGACAGUUGCGCGUCCUCCAUCGUCGUUCCAGGGGUUUCCUCGAGGAAUCGUGCUCGAAAAGAGAGAAAGAGAGAAAAAAAAGGGUCUAUAGUGGAUAGAUUCGUAAACGACGUAAACUCGCUAAAAAAAAAGAGAAAGAGAGAGAGAGAGAGAGAGAGAGAGAGAGAGAGAGAGAGACGAGGAAUAGAGAAAACUUGAGUGUCCGUAGCCACCGACGCGUGCGAUGACGGAAAAAUACUAUUAUUGUUACUACCAAAGAAAAAGAGAUAAUUCAGUGAUUUGUGUCUAAAGUUCGUCAAACUUGUAUUUAAAGAUCGAUGAUACGUCGCGACAAGCUGGAUCGACUUCGGAUCGAUGAUCUCUCGAUCGGUUACUUUCUUGUAGCUUUGAUCGUAUAUGUGAGAAAACAACAUUGCAAUAGGAUCAUAUCGUCGUGACGACGUCAAGCUAAUAUACGAUAGGAUUCGUUAAUUCGUCAACGAAGAUAGAAAGGUUUGCGAUCUGGAUUGGCUGUGGGAGCCUCGAUUUAAAUAUAGACGACGACAACAAGGACGCAGUGAAUAAGGGCGAGAAAAAUCGGCACGAUAGAAUGUGCAGCUGUUCGGAAUGACGAGACACUCUCUGAUGAUUCUAUGCUGCUAUCUUUAUACCCUCUUUGACAUGGCAGCUUUACAUUUUCCUUUCAGCGAGAAAGUAUGCGAACCGGUUCUUUCCACGGAGGUCGAAGGGUGGCAUAUUAAAGUCGAUAGCCUAUCGUCUAGUACAAUUCGACUUUCGGCGAGAAAGCGCGGGUACCGGUUUUUUCCGAAGAUCGAAAGAGAAGCCGACCAAGAGGAUUAUGGUAGAAAAGAGGUAUCUCUGUCGUUAAGAGAUAUCCUACCGAUAAAUCCAAAACAAUAUGACAAGCACAGAGCACCAAAAUUCUUGGGACAGCCUACCAUCGUUUAUUUUCACGUCACGGUUCUCAGCCUCGAUUCUAUUAACGAAGAAUCUAUGACCUACGUCGCUGACAUUUUCUUGGCUCAAAGCUGGCGCGAUUCUAGAUUAAGAUUACCAGAGAAUAUGUCGGAAGAAUAUAGAAUAUUGGACGUUGAUUGGUUGAACAACAUUUGGCGACCGGAUUGUUUUUUCAAAAAUGCGAAAAAGGUCACUUUUCACGAAAUGUCCAUACCAAAUCACUAUCUCUGGCUUUAUCACGAUAAAACGUUACUUUAUAUGUCCAAAUUGACCCUGGUACUAUCUUGUGCGAUGAAAUUCGAAUCGUAUCCUCAUGAUACUCAAAUCUGUUCAAUGAUGAUAGAAAGCUUAUCACAUACGACCCAAGAUUUGGUCUUCAUAUGGAACAUGACUGAUCCGUUAGUAGUAAAUCCCGAAAUUGAACUGCCACAGCUUGAUAUAUCGAACAACUAUACGACCGAUUGUAUGAUCGAGUAUUCGACCGGAAACUUUACGUGUAUUCAAAUCGUCUUUAAUUUAAGAAGAAGAUUAGGGUACCACCUGUUUCAUACGUACAUACCUUCGGCUCUUAUCGUCGUCAUGUCCUGGAUUGCCUUCUGGAUUAAACCCGAAGCAAUUCCAGCUCGCGUUACGCUCGGUGUGACGUCACUCCUCACACUAGCAACUCAGAAUACACAAUCCCAACAAUCGCUACCACCUGUCUCUUAUGUGAAAGCCAUUGAUGUGUGGAUGUCAUCGUGCAGCGUCUUUGUCUUCCUAUCUCUCAUGGAAUUCGCUGUGGUUAAUAACUACAUGGGUCCUGUUGCAACGAAAGCUAUGAAGGGUUACUCCGAUGAGGAUCUUAGGGAAGCUAUCGAUGAAUUUAAGACUCCAAUGAGGCCCGAUUCCGAAAGAAGCAGAAGUCCAGUAAGACCACCUACCGUUCAGUAUGACACUUGCUGUCAGGGAAGGGCAACAGCAAUUUACAUCGACAAAAUCUCCAGAUUCUUCUUUCCCUUCUCGUUUUUCAUCUUGAACGUCGUUUAUUGGAGCACCUUUCUAUAAAAUAAGAAGAAUCUUCGCCACGUUACCUAUCGAUCGAUCAAUUAACAAACAGAGACAUUCGAAAUCGAAGAAAAUAUGAUUUAGAAGUGCCUUUUAUACAGAGUAUUGAUAAAGAAUUGGCUGAUAUUCUGAAAACUUAUAGUUUGGUUUGAAAUAAUGAAACAAAGUUUAUAUGAAUGUGUGUGUUUUAUGAUACAUCAUUUAUCACAUUAAUAUUAAUUACCUUAUCUAUAAUUAUAUAAUAAUCAUUUUAAAAGAAAUGUUUGAUAUCCCAUGAAAAGAAAAAGAAAAAAAAAAAAAAAAAGAAAAAAUACGAACGAAUUUAUCGAAUUUGCUAUAGCAUAAGAAAUCAUAUAUAACAUAUAUUUAUAGAAACUCUUCAUUAUUUUAGCCUAAACAACUUUAUUAUUAUCCUGUAUAAAAUCAAUACUUACAAGUUGUAUCAACAAAUCAAUAUUAACUUAUGUUAACAAUUUAAAAGAUCAAUUCUUCUACUUAUGCAAAUAAUAACAAAUUUAAUUCGUUAAGCUUUUUAAUCCUUCGCACUCAACGACAUUCUAAAUCUUGUUAUUAAAUAUGCAAUAUAAUAAUAAUGAUGAUUAUUAUUACUAUUAUUACUAUUAUUAUUAUUAUUAUUAUUAUUAUUAUUAUUAUUAUUAUUAUUAUUAUUAUUAUUAUUAUUAUCAUUACACUAUGUUAGUGAUAUUAAACAAAAUAUAUUUAUAUCAAAUAGUUGCUAUUGUAUUUAUUAAUAUUUAUAUACCUACUUACGCGUAUAUUGCUAUACAAAUACAAAUUUUGUAUGUGAAAAUUACUUUCGAUGACCAAACGAAGAAAAUGUAGAAAGUGCAAAGGAUUAAAAAUGAGUAUUUAAUUAAAAAGAAAAGAAAAAAAAUGUAGAAAUGCUUUCUCAUGGAUAAAAAAAAUGGCACACUUACUUACUUGAUCGAAGAUUUAAUAUUGUGGCAAGCCGCAAAUAUGAUAGAGAAUCUUAUCGUAGGAAUGUACGACCACUUGUGGGUUUUACUACUAGACAAUAAUGUGGUAUCCCUUACGUGGUAAGCCGCAUUGCCAUUACACCGUCUAGUUUAAUCAUAAGAGCAUCUUAAAAUUACAAGCUUCGCGUCAGUGAAGAGAAGAUAAUUAAUUGCAUUAUUAAAUAUAUAUAUAUAUAUAUAUAUAUAUAUUGAUACUUACGUUGAUACUUUCGCGUUUUUUAUAUCAACGCAAAUUAAAAGAAAAUAUAUACACACACAUAAAGAAAUUAAGCGUUAAAUUAUCGGUACUGUGUUAAUGUUAAAUUGUUAUAUGAAAAACAAUGAUUUAUUCAAAGAAAUUAAAGAGUAUUCCUUUUGAAUCAUUAAAUAUAAGUAAUAUAUGUAAUAGUAAAUAAAAUAGAAAUACUUUGUUAAUAAAUUAUCAUCAAAGAUAUAAUAACCCAUAUAACGAUGUUUAUGAGAAGAACAUUUCUACGUUCUCUCUUGUUACGUCGUUAAAAUUAAAUAAAAAAUAAAGAGUCAUCAACAAGAGGAUUGAAUUUUGAAGGAGAAAAAAAGCAGAAAAGAAUAGGUCGAAACAACGUGAAUAAAGACAGUAUUUUAUUUUCAUAUAUCUCUUCAGACAGUUCAUUAUUUCAUGAAAUGUUCGAUAAUAAAUAUAUUCUUGAGGCAUCGAAGUGGGUUCCACUGGUGUGCAGAUCCACGUGCAACCUGUUUUUAAAACUCCGGCGGCAACCAAUCGAUCCACGAUCGGUUGUACGCUAUUAAUUUUUCUCUUCUUUUUUCGUUUUUUCCUUUUUUUCUUUUCUUUUUUCUUUUUUUUUUUCUUUUUUUCUUUUUUUCUUUUUUUUAUUUUCUAGCAACUCACGAAAAAUCGCGCCCAAAUUCCGUCGCUCGUAAUACAUUCCUAAAUAAACGAUAUCGACUUGCGAUUUUUACGAGAAGGUUAAUCCCUUCGUUUAGGAAAAGUUCGUUUCGUUUCAUCGAUCUUCGUUUGAUAAUCCUCUUUACUCUCAGCUGUUCUUUACACACGAUGAUUUCUAAAAUAGUCUCGACAAAUUUAUAACCAUGUACUCUGUUUCAAUAGAACAAAAGAAAGAAAGAAAAAAAAAUGGAAUACUAACGAACACGUUUAGUUUACAUUUUUAACAUUUACAUACUAGACUAUUUCAAAUGUUUUUGUUAAAACUGAAACGAGAUGGAUGAAUAUUUAAAGAAAUAAAAAAAAAAAAAAAAAAAAAAAAAAACAGAAAAAACAGAAAAAAAAACAAAAAAUUCAAAAUUAUAAUGAUAUAUGAACUUAUUUAAUUUUAUCUAUUUCAUCAAUUUAAAUAGAUAUAAAAAUCAGUUUAUAUGAUCAUUAUAUUUUUACAAUCUAUAUAAAUGAAAAUAAUUAUAGUCUAAUAGAAACAUAGUAUAGACGGAAUCAUUUAACGUUAUUAGGCAAUAAUCGAUAAUAUUCGAACGAGUUAAACAAUUAUUGAUAUUUUAAAUAGUUAAUGUUUAGGAUAGAAGAUACGUAUAGAAAUUUUCCGAAACUAUUUUAAAUUCCCAUCCUAUAUUUUAUCAAUAAUUCCCAUUCAAUUUGCACUCAGUUUCUUUCGCGCUUUUUCAUUAUUUCUCUCUCUCUCUCUCUCUCUCUCUCUCUCUCUCUCUCUCUCUCUCUCUUCCUCCCUCCCUUUUUCUUUCAAACGCAGAUACCAACACGCGUGCUUGCACCGUCACUUUUUCAUAUAUUUCUAAGCCAUCUAGAUAGUAUCCCAAUCCCAUAUUAUCGCUAAACCUUCUUGCAAGUUUUUUUUUAUUUUAUUUCUUUAAGUAAAGUAAGGAAAAGGCAAUCUUGUACGAAGGAGGAGAAAGUUGGGAGCGAUCAGGAUAAGUGAUUAAAUCCUCUAACGACUUUGACACCUUCUCUAUCUUCUUUUCUUUUCUUCUUUUCCCUUUUUUCUUUUUUCCUUUUCUUUAUCUUUAUCGUUAAAUACAUCUACGCUCUUUUGGCAUACAUAUACACACGCACACACGCAUACGCACAAGCACACGCGCACGUAGACGAACGCACAAGCCGACGGGACUCGAAAUCAAGAAAGCGAAAUACGAGGCUUUUUUAAUUUCUAUUAAAACGUUUUAGAAUUAAUUCAUUUUCAUAGAAUUUAUGAAAGAAUGUUUCGCGCUAAUGAGAAAACAAUCUAAUCGUCUAAUUUUCGUCUUUAUGAAAAUAUAACAAAUCAUCCUUGCACAGGUUAUUAAAAUAAAUAGCCUGAUUAAUAAAUUCGUAAUAUCAUGCGAUCGAUAUUUAAUGAUAGAUUUAUUAUAAGCUUAAAGAAGAAGAAAAGGUACCCACUUUCUGUCGCCUUUAUUUUAUAAUAACGACGUCCUACACUCGAUGGAUCAUCCUCUCAACGUCAAGGGGCAAUUAAUUGUAGUGAAACGAUUUAAUGGAUUGUACCUUUUCAAAGAACGAUUUCUUUUCAGGUAAGAAAUUGUAGUACCCUCGCAACGAAUCGGUUGAGCAAAGCCGCUAUUAAUUUAAAUAUUCUAUACGAUCCCUUUGCCUUUCAUUUACUCGUUUAUCUGUUUAAUAAACUUUGUUAAUAAAAAUUCAUUGUUUUUCUAGUUCUUUUUUUUCUUCUUUUGUUUCUCUCAACACAAUAUUACAAUUGUUUAUUCAUAUAAUUCACGUCGAACGUUGCGUUUAAUUAUAAGAUUUGAUAUCAUCGUGCAAAGGGUAGAAUCGUAAAGGUGAAUCAUUAAACACAAAGCUUGUGUCUAGUCGAGCAGAAUAGUUUGAAUUGAUCGCUUUUAACGUUAUCACAAGUAGCUACGUUUAAUUAUCCGAUGUGCGUGCGAUACGAUCGUAACAUAGUUGUUUGAGCCGUCCUGAUCUUCCUUACAGGAUAUUCACAUUUUCGUAAUUAACUAGAAACUUUCUAACGAUGGGUUAACAAGUACGUAUACUCUAUCUCGAUAGUUAACAAGAUCUUCCCUUUGAAAUAUUCUGUAAUAUACGAUAUAUUCUAUUUUUGUUUUAAAUAUCUUAUAAUCAAAGAAAAAAAUUGACUAGAAUUAUUAGCUAUUAUUGAUACGUCUCGUUUGAUAAUAACAUUAUUUUAUUAAGAAAUCAAUAAGACAGGGAUAUUAAUUCGAUCGGGAAAACCUAUCUUUAAGUAUUAAGUGUGACGUAACAUAAAUAAAAAAAAAAAAAAAAGUAAGUCAUAAGAUUUUGAUUGAAUAGAAACGAUCGAUAAAACGUUUAAUCAAUAACUAUACAACGUUCCAUAGUACUUUAUCGAUAAAGUUUUCCUUUAUAGUGUCACAAUAUACCUUCUAUCCUAAUGACUAUAUGCUUUUAACGGAGCAUCGACUUUUUUUUUGUUUUUUUUUGCUUUUUUGUUUUUUUGUUUUUUUUUUUUGAAUACGAUCAAAGAAUGUAAUCUUAAAUUUAUCGACUCAAUAAUAUUCUUAGAACGACUGACGAUUAUAAGAAAAAAAAAAAAAAAAAGAAAAAAAAAGAAGAAGAAGAAAAAAUAAUGUGAAAGAGUUCGAACGUACAAUAAAUGAUAAUUUUUUAUAUACGAUUAGAACAUUGAUGCCUCUCGUCUUUGUCUCUAAUACUUCUCUCUCUCUCUCUCUCUCUUUUUAUCUUCUUUUUUCCUCUUUAUCUUUUUCAAUUUUGAUUACUCUUGGGAGAUGAUUUUCUACAAUUCCCGAAGAACAAAGAAAUGCUAAAGAGUACUUUUAUCUACAUAAAUGAAUCUCUCUCGUUUCGUUGAAAUUAAAUUAUCGUCAAGUUAUAUAUAUAUAUAUAUAUAUGUGUGUGUGUGUGUGUGUGUGUGUGUGUGUGUGUGUAAUAAGAUAUUUGUAAAAAUAGAACAUUUAAAUAUAGACGAUCGAGAUUUCAAAAGGCAAGGAACGAUGACGAUAGAACGGAGUCACUAUUAUAUAGGUUCAUCGAAUCUUUUAGUAAGACUAUCAACGAGAAAU